UGUCCGCAACUGCCCAACAGGCAGUUUGUGCACCCAGCUGACACUUUAUAGAAGCAGAGGAUGCAUUAGACUCCUUUUCAAACUUAUCAUUGUCAUUAUUAUAAAUUCAGGUGGAUUUUUCAGCAAGUAUUUCUGUGCUCAAGGUGGAUAAUGGGGGUCAAAGCAGCUCUACCGAGGUACGAGCUCUACUUGUAUAAUGUGGUGCUUUGUUUGGCGACGCUCUGGGCUGCCAAGUGGAUAUUUGAUGUGUCCAGCUCAAAUUCCAACAGAAAGAGCUUCAAGAGCAGCGUUCAGCCAGGAUGGUACUACUCAGGCAGAAAAAUGGAUACGGCUGAUGUGGAGUGGAUGAUGUGGUUUUCCACGUUUCGAGAGCACAUCAUCUUCGCUCUCUCAGGUCAUGUGAUCUUUGGCAAGAUCUGCUCUCUGCUGGCUCCCCAGUACAGGUCUCUGGUGUUCAUGGUGUAUGGGGUGCUGGCGGUUUGGAGCAGUAUGGGCUGGGCGUAUGUGAUGCUCAUCCUGUCUCACUGCGUGCUGCUCUACAGCAUCUCUCUAGUCAAGCUCAGGUGGCUCUGCUUCACCGCUGGACUCUCCACGCUGGCUACUUUCAAGAUGGAGCCCUUCAUUUCCUGGCAGGCCGGGUUUGUGACUGGUGGUUUCGAGCUGCGUCCUCUCCUGUUCUACGCUGGCUGUGGUUUCACCAUCAUGCGCUGUAUGAGUUUUGCACUUGAAAACUGUGAAAGAAAAGAUGGAAACUACAGCAUCCUGGAGCUCCUCAAGUACAACUUCUACCUGCCCUUCUUUUACUUUGGGCCCAUCAUGACCUUCGAUAAGUUCUACGUUCAGGCCAAUAACCCAAACCUGACGAGGAAAGACGGAGAGAUGUGGAACAUUUCCAUUCAGGCGCUGUUACAUUUGGGUGUUAUCAUUAUAGUGGCUGUUCUCCUUCACUUCAUGUACAUUCUGAGCAUCCCGAGUGACAUGAAGCUCCUCAAACACAUCUCUGACUGGGCUCUUGUUGGACUGGCCUACUUAAAUCUGCUGUAUGACUGGGUGAAAGCGGCUGUGAUGUUUGGAGUGAUAAACACAGUGUCAAAACUGGACCAUCUGGAACCUCCCACACCACCCAAAUGUAUUACACUGCUCUAUGUCUUCUCUGAGGCACACUUUGACCGAGGAAUAAACGACUUUCUCUGCAAAUAUGUUUAUAAUUAUCUCGGCGGGAAGCAUGAGAAUAUUCUGGAUGAGCUGAUAGCCUCUCUGUGCACAUACGGCAUCAUGGCUCUCUGGCUGGGGCCAGGCUGGGUGGUUUUCAUCUGGGCUUUCUUGAACUGCUUUGGCUUGAAUUUUGAACUGUGGACUGUCAAGUUCUUCACCAUGGAGCCUUUUAUUUCUAUCGAGAUGGCGAUAUCAGAUUCAAUGUCACGCAGGAUCAGGGCUGUGUUUAAUACAUUUAACUUUUGGACGAUUGUGCUGUAUAAUGUUCUGGCCCUCAACAGUCUUGAAUUUGCCAAACUGGUGGCUAAGAGAUUGUUACUCAAAGGUUUCCCCUUUACCACCAUCACUGUGAUGUUUGUCACCUACUGCUUGAUUCAGCUGAUUAAGGAAAAGGAAAGAAGACAAGCUUUGAUUGAUGACCCUGACCCGAUUCCUCCUCCUCCUCCUCCACCACCAGCCCCUGUUACUGCUCCGACCUCCACUGACCCCAGCAGCAUCCAGAUGGACACCACUGCUGUCCAGCCCACUGAGACGAGCAAGCACAAGGCAGAGUAGAGACGCUCACACUCUUAUUAAACAUCUGCAGUUUACUUACACAUACCCGCUUGUUCAGUGUGAUGUCAAAGUUUUCAGGUCCAGAUACUAUAUGAUAUAUACGCAUACAGUGCAAAGUAUAAACGAGUACACCCAUUUUUUUUAAAUGAAUAUUUUGAUCCACUUCUUAGUGGAUAUAGACAAUAUAUUUUGUUGCUUUUAAACAAACUGUUUCAUUAUACAUUUAUAUUCAUUAAAAUAAGAUGUUAUUCACCUAAUGUCUUUAGAAAUAGAAAGAUAGUACAUUCAAAUUCAAAUGAGGCCUUACAAAGAAUUACAAACUACAAAAUUUCAAUUAAAUUGACUUUUUUUAUGUUUAUCUUGAUUUUUCCUCUUUAUUGAUUUUUUAUUUAUUAUUUUCCCCCUAAAAUAUUAACUUUAAUAUACAAAUUUUUGGACCGUGAUCUUAAAACCAAGUUAUUUUGUUAGAUUAGUUCCAGUUUGGGCUUUGGUACUGACUACACUCAUGUACAUGCACAAAUGUAUUAUUGUAUGGCAUCCUAUUGAUAAUAUUAAUUUAUAAGAGAGAUCUGUGGUUUAUGCUGAGCACUGUAUAUAUUUGCGCUAACAUAUGUUCUGAGUGUGCUGCAAUACUAUUGAAAAUCAUGAUAGUAAUGUUUAUAUCCACAUACCUCAGAUGCUCAAAAAGUGAUUCAUCUUUUAUAAAUCAUUCAAAUAUUGGUGUCUGGAAUGCAGCAGAGCCUAAGGAGCAUCACGAUUUAGUCAAAGAUUUGCUGUAAAAUGUGAUAUGACUAGUGGUCAUAAACGGCUGUUAAGUUUUCUCAAUUCAAAGCAUAGAGGCUUGGGCCUGGAAACAAUAAUCCAUAUGCAGUAUGUCACAAUUCAACAAGCAACUUGGAUUAUGGAAAAAUCCAAGUCUAGAAAUAUGUUGAAAAAUGUUUGUAUCAACCACACUGUAAGGAACAAUGCUGCAUUUGAUAAGUUUUUACAGAUUGCAGCCUCUACUGUCAAUGGCUGUUUUUUUUUGUUGUUUUUUUUAUUUGGCCUAGUGAUAGUUUUACAUGUGUUUUGCAGUUAAAACAUAGAGAAUGAAACUUAUUACUAAACAUUUUAUGACUUAGAUUUCAUUCAAAUGAAAAAGCAGAAGUGAUAAUUUCCUGAAAAUUAAAUAGCUUAUUAUGAACUGAGGGUCACAAUGUUUUUUUGUGAUAUGCAUUAAAAACAUUUUGGUUUGCGA